AUGGAGAAUUUUUUGCCUAGUGUACCAUUGUGGGAAAUCUUCUCCUCUGACGCCUUCAGCUUGCUACAGGCUGCCCAGGUGAACAAGAGCUGGCAUGAGGUUUCAGGCAGUGAUCUCCUGUGGAGGAAGCUGUGUCUGAAAAGAUGGCCCUGUUGCCGCAUCCGCCUAGAGUUCCUGAAUGCACAGACUUGGAAGCAGUUCUUCCUUAGCCAAACUAGGCAAGAAUAGUCUAUGACCUGGGCCAAGCCAGAAGACUUCAUCUACAAAGAAAUACCUGGGGACUUUGGAUUGGGUGAUGUGAACUAUCUCUUGGGGAGUGGCUUGACCAGAGAAGGACAAGGAAGAUCGGUUGUCUGCAUGGUGAUAUCCUUGACUUGCCUUUCUGCCUGGGAUCUUCAAGAGGUGAGUAAAACUUACAAAGUCAGGGAUUCUCUGUUUGAACGAUGGAUGAAGAUCAGAUCCAAAGCAAACCAAACAGCAAACAGGGCCGAGGGGGAAGCAGAGAUGAAGGGGCCGGACGCCUUCCACAUCCAGGCAGGUGACAUUUUCGGUAGCCUCUACAUAUUUAGGAUUCCUGAAUUACAGCUUAUUUCUAGAGUCCCUGCAUUGAAAUACACUAUUGACACUCUCCACUGCUCUCAUCAGAAGAAAUGGGUCUUCCUGAAUAAGAAACAUCCACACAUCUCGCCAAAGGUGUUUUUAAUGAACAGCUUACUGAGGCCAUCGGAGUACCCCACCCCUGUGUUUGCCACUAUAACACUUACGUUCUGCGACAGAGCCUUCUGGACCCCAUGGCAGGAAGACAGGAUAACACUGGUGUCCAGAGAGGCUCCCCCGAGAGACUCGGGAUUUACCACGUAUGAUAUAAAAAUGGAAAAAACCAAGAACAAAAUAGAUGUUAGAGAGCCUAGGAUGAUGGGAGUCAGCGUUAAGAAUGCGAUUGUGUUUUCAAGCAAGUGAUUCGUCUAUAACAUGCAAGGCAUCCAGCUGCAGAGAUUUGAAGUUUAUUACUGUUGGGACAUGUACAUAUGCACGCCCACACAGAGGCCAGAGGCCAGCUUUCCGGAGUUAGUGCUUUUCUCCUUCCACCCUUCCACAGACUCGAGGGAUGGAAAUCAGAGUACCAGGCUCACUAGCAAGUGCCUUUACCUGAUGGGCCAUCUCGAUCCCCUCCACGUCAUCUCUACAUUUACUGAUGGUUCUUUGGAUGUGUACACGUGGGAGGAGAGAAGGCUAUACCUCAGGAAGUGUUACCGCCUACAAAACGAGACACAUGUGGGACCACAAAGCAUCAUCUCCAAAGCACAGUGCAAUAAUGUGAGCAUAGCUCGCGUGGUGGGGACAGGUUCCGCAUGCUCUGCUCUGUCGGCAUAUAUUUUUGAAAGUCUGCUCCUGAAAACUAAUUGA